AUGCACGCAGGCAAGGAGGAAGUACCCACCCAACUGCGCACUGAUGAUGUCUCCUCGUAUGAUAACGAAAUCCCCAAGGUUAAACCGGACAGAGAGAGAGACAAUUUGAUUAGCUCUGACAGCAUGUGGCAUUGCACACUGUGUCAAUCGGGAAACGGAUGUGAACUGUCGUGUGCGUUUCGUUAUUUCCGAGGUGUUGAUUACUUGCCCUACAAGCGGCACGUUCAACCCGUUUGUAUGUACUUUGAAAAAAGACGUCAGUUUCUCCGAUGUAAUUAUCCUAAUCCAGAGAAACCC